CUGAAGUUUAUGUGCAAAAAAACGAAGCAAGGUAGCCGGUCAGACUGAUUAUUUCUAUUUGUAUAAGAGAUAUUUUGAGAAGUUUGAUUUAAUUGAAAUAAAUCUAUAGUAUUAAUAAGCAUCUCAUAUAGCUCUAUGCCAUCAUCUAUAAGUAGAAAAUAAAAUUAUCUACUCGAAUUUUAUGUCUCACAAUCUCUUUGGUUUAGAAAGCAGAAAGUAUUGUUUUGUUUCUGACUCUCAUCUUCGAGUUGUUUGACAUAUAAUUAACACAUUGGGCACGAUGUGGCCCACCGGUGGGCCACGCUAUGGUUUUACGAGUAACUGUAUAGAAGAACACUUUCUUUUGAUUUUUUCUUAGGCACGAGGUUAUAAACAUGAAGUGUCAGUUGUUCUGUGUUCAGUGCUUUAUUUGCGUCCUUUAUUCCAUAGGAUAAUGCUUGUCAUUAAAACACUCUAGACAAAAAAACUUAUCACAGUCAGAACAAAAAGUUUUCACUUUCUUUGCUGCCGCAUAGCUUGCUUCUCUUGACUGUUGUGCCUUUCCCUUCGCAUAGCAGCUAGUACAUCGUCUGCCAACAUUGCGCGUAGAUCCUUCCUUUUCUUCGAGCUUGUGAUCAGCGAGUUUGCGCUUGGAAUGACUUGCUGAUUGUUGUAUCGGACCAGGUUUUAGCUUCUCGAUUGGCGCACCAAGGAGUAAAGAUCGUACAAGACUUUCUCGAAACUGUAAAAUCUGUAUGUUGCUCGCCGCAUAAUUUUCCUUGUAAAUCAGAUAACUAUUAACCACUGCAGUUCCAAAUACCAAUUCAAAUGCCACCUUUUUAUACCAUUUUAUUGACCGUCUCAGGCAUGUGUGGUAUGUUGAUAGUUGAUCUGAUAAAUCAGUACCUUGUCUGCCUUCAUUGUAAUCGAGAACAACUUGCGGCUUCAUGAUGCGUUCAUUCAGUUUAUUGAUUUUUCCGGUGUUCACCACAGUUGCUGAAUGAAAUGGUUUAGUAGAUAUCAUCAGAACGUCUCUUUUAUCUUUCCACUUGAUCAAUUUUACACCGAUUUUGUUCUGGAGCCCAUAAACCUCACCAGGCUUGAGCUUUUUCUGAACAACUUCAUAUCCUGAUCCAGUACGAUUACUUCUCAAUGUUCCAAUAAGAUACGUAUCCUGUUCCAACAAACGUUUUGCUAGAGAAAUACUAGUAAAGAAGUUGUCAGCCACCACGGUUCGAUAACAUCCCGAAAGACCAUUCAAUAGAUUCAUUACGACUGCUUCAGCAUGUCCACGACCUGCCAUAGGAUCUUGCUGACCAGUAUAGAUCACAUAAUUCCAGGUGUAUCCAUUGGUAGCCGCUAGCUUGUAUAUCUUUACGCCGUACUUGUGUGCUUUUCCAGGGAUGUAUUGUUUGAACAAAAGUCUGCCUCGCCAUGGUACCAUACUUUCGUCGAUGCUAAUAACUGAGCCAGGCAUAUAUACUGAUGAAAACCUCUCUUUGAGUAAAUCUGAGAGUGGUUUCAACUUGAACAGCCUGUCGUGGUCCGAAUUCUUGUUAUUGUUGUUUGUAAAAUGCCAAAAUUUGAGGAGUAAUUCAAACCUCUCUCUCGACAUGGCAUUUCGUAUGAUCUCUGAUCCGUACAAUUGACUACUGCUCCAGUAGUAUUUCAGUUUCGGCAUUUGUACCAAUCCCAUCUCGAUAAUGAUUCCAAAGAACUUCAGCAUCUCUUCAUCGGUGGUUGGUUUCCAUUGACGAAAUUUUGACCGUCUGCUAAUCUCAUGAGUUUGCAAAUAUUGUUCCGCAUAGCGAUUAGUUUCACGAACCAUAAGGUCAAUAAUUUCGUCCGUAAUGAAAUGCCGAUAGCAAUCGAUAGGGUCGAUUGUAUUGUCUCCUGAAGUCGAAGUUACUUCUUCGACGAGACCAUGAUCUUCCAUAAAUUCAUCAUCCGAUUCUGGUUUUAUUUCAUUCCAGACGUUUGAAUCGACCUCGUCAUUUGUCACUUCUUCGUCGGAGCUUUCAGAUUCAAGAUGUAUUCUAUCGAAAUCAUCAUCCAAAGAACUCACUUCACUUCGUGAGCUAACGCUUUCUUCUGAAUCGGUUUCUUCGAACGACAUGUGUACUAUUCCAAAAAUUCACUCGUCUUUAUAUAGUAAAACAACACAUGGAUAAGAAUAACAGAGAAAAGCCUGGAAUUUUCCUCCUUCUUCUCACAUAUGUUAUAUAUAACAUGAAAAAGAACGAAAAAUUGACUCAGGCAAUUCUAGUUACUCGCGAAAAAUGAUUCAUUAUGUAGUAAUACAAGAAAGAGAACGAUAAAUAAUCAGUAGAAGAUAACGAAAGGGUCAUUAAGUGCAUUUAUUAGAAGUGAACUAUUCAUAAAAAUGACAUCUUGCAGAAAUUUCAUACGAAAACUGAAUCGUGCCCAAUGUGUUAAAGGUCUCAUACCGUUUGACAUGUAAAUGUACUCUCUUCCAAUUGAACUGAGACAUUAAACAUAUUAAAAAUACCUGACAUUACAUGUAAUAAAAAUGACAAUUGAUUAAAUAGUAUUAAAUUUAAUCAAGAUCUCGAUUAUAGCUAGAUUCUUCAUAGAUAAAUUAAGAAGGAUGAAAUUAUUUAAAUAAUUUUUAGGGAGCUUAUAAAACUGCAUGACAUUUUGUAUUAACUUCAUCGAUACCGUAACUGUCCAUUCAAGAUAUAAUCAUAGCAAUAUUGUUUCUAGUUUAAAGCUCAUAUCAAUAUCAACCUUUAGAAAAUUCUAGACCAACAAAAAAAACUUUCUUCUAAGAUUUAACCAGCUCAGAAUGCGAUACAAUAACAAUUUGAAGAAGAAAUCUUCACACUUAUUGCUAUUGAGAAUAGCUGAAAUCAUGAUAAAAUCUUUUACGAUCGUUGCUUUUUUGUGAGAAUCCUCAAAAAUUUAUACCUAUUGAAUAGCCUACAAAACACUAACUUGCAAAGAUUUUAGAUCAAUGUUUCGAUAGGAGAUUUGUAUUGUCUUGUAAAGAAGUGAAAAUAUUUAAUUGUAGAAAGUUCGAAAUCGAUCCGUGAGACGAAACUGCUAUUGUUUAAAAAACCAUGUUCCCUACCCUAUUAAGUUGAAAAUUUGUAAUACAUUAGAAAUGAAUUCAAAAUAAAAGAUUUGAUUGAUUCGUAUAUAGAUUAUUGUUUGUGCUACAAUGUAGAAUAAUGAACAUGACAGAUUCUUCAAAUAUUCUUGAACUUGGGAAAUAUUUGUUUUUGAGUUCUUCUUAUCUACUAAAAUUUGAACUUACGUAUUUUUUUAUCUAUACUUAUCCUAUUUAGCACUUCGAUUAGCCUUUCUACAAACUACUUGUUUGUUUGAGAUUCAGAAAUAAAUUACUCAAUAAUAAGUAUGAUGCAAAAUUCAUGGCAUAAAAUACUUUCGAAUGGUAUAUGAUUUAUAUUUGUCACACAUUCCUAAAUGGAAUAAGAAAGAAAAAUACUUACACAAAAAAUUUGUAAUUUUUUUAUUUGAAUCAGUCAAAAACGUCUUAUGCAUGGUAGUUAAGUAUAAUUAACUAUCGUUAUUAUCUAGCAAGAUGUUUUUAACGAAUUCAUAUAAAAGUGGCAAAUUUAUUUUGUCUCAUUUCACUCAGAAAUGUGUGACGAACAUAAAUCAUAUACCGUUUCCUAUCAACUGAUAACAAAAUUGUUUUUCCUUACGUUCAAAUUCUAUUAUAACUCAUUUUAUUCUAAAACCCAAACAAUAAAAAAUGAAAUAAUUUUUAAAUAUAUUUCAAACUCGAACUAACGAAACCAGUGAAUAUGUUGGAAAAAUUCGAUAGAAAAGAAAAUUUCAUUCAUGAUAAAAUCCGAGUUCAUCGCAAUUUUUCACAUUACCAGUUAAAUUUUAGUUAGUUUUAGUAAAACUAAGGAUUCUUAUCCAAAAUAUUUGAAAAAUCAGCAAUGUUUGUUUUCAACAUUGAGAAAAACCAGAUUCUAAUCAAGUUUAUAAGUAAAAAGCUUUUGUAAUUGAGAGCAGUUCAAUACUGUUUAAAACAAAUGACAAUGACUCAUUUCAACGACAUUGAUGUUUAUUUUUACUUCAUACUUUUGCCUCCAUUUCAGUACCACUACGUGCAAGUUCCAUUGAUAUUCAUCCAAAUGCAACAUGGUCAACGAAUGCUAUCACUGUUGCUGGAGGAAAUGGAAAAGGCAGUGCAACCAAUCAACUCUUUCUCCCAAAUGGUUUGUACGUCGACGAUGAUCAGACGAUUUAUGUCGCUGAUUGUGAAAAUCACCGUAUUGUGGAAUGGAAAUCUGGUGCAACGAAUGGAAAAGUAGUUGCUGGUAGAAAUGGACAAGGAAAUGGAGCUCAUCAAUUAAAAUUCCCACGAGAUGUGAUUAUCGACAAAGAGAGCGAUAGUCUCAUCAUCAACGAUUGUGAAAAUAAAAGAGUAGUUCGAUGGCCUCGUCGAAAUGGUACUCGUGGUGAAACUAUUAUUUCCAAUAUCUCUUGCGGAGGUUUGACAAUGGACGACAAUGGUUAUCUCUAUGUCGUUGACAAUGGAAAACAUGAAGUGAGACGAUAUAAAAUUGGUGACACUAAAGGAACAGUGGUUGCAGGUGGCAAUGGAAAAGGACAUCGUCUCGAUAAACUCUCUAAUCACCAAUACGUAUUUGUCGAUCGAGAUCAUUCAGUUUAUGUGUCUGAUUAUGAAAAUCAUCGUGUAAUGAAAUGGGAAGAAGGUGCAAAACAAGGCAUUGUCGUAGCCGGUGGCCAAGGAUAUGGAAAUAGUCUUACACAAUUGAAUGAGCCUGAAGGAGUCAUUGUUGAUCAAUUGGGUACUGUCUAUGUGGCUGAUUCUUGGAAUCAUCGAAUCAUGCGUUGGCCAAAAGGAGCCACACAAGGAAGUGUCAUUGUUGGUGGAAACGGUUCAGGAGCAUGGUCAAAUCUGCUCAAUGGUCCCACAGGUUUAUCAUUUGAUCGACAUGGCAAUCUCUAUGUCGUCGAUUUCGGAAAUGAUCGAGUUGGUACACGUCUUUUAUUAAUUCGUGAAAAUUAUGAUAUUAUUUUAUAUGACGCUCAACAAAAGCGCUCAUUAACAAAAGUUCGACCAACAUUAGAUGGUAAAAAUUGUUGGGAAAAAUUAACUUUUAUUUAUUUACAAGAUCAGAUUCCAAUGCUAUUAGGAGAUGUUGAAGAAUGCAUUAAACUUCUUAGACAAUGA